UGAUAAACAAAUAAACUCAAAUCUAUGUGUGUAGCUGUUGUCACACGACAAAGAUGCGAAUUCUUCUUAUUAUUUCGUUGAUCAUAUUUUUCUGUGUAACUGUAUCCAGUUGUAUGAGAAGCACAAGGAGAAAAGACGUUGGAAACUUUACAUUCUCAUUUGCUGCAUACUAUGGAGAUAAUAUGGUUCUACAGAAAGCUCCACAGGCAGCCACAGUAUGGGGAUAUGGUGAACAUGUUGGUAGCGACGUGGUUGUUACAGGAUUCGAUCAUGAAGCCGUCACCACUACUGUCACAGAACAAAAUACGUGGAGUGUAAAGUUACCACCUAUAAAGGACACUAACUCUACUUACAACAUUACGGCGAAGUCACAAAACAAAAGCAUUAUGUUAAAAAAUGUCUUGUUCGGUGACAUCUGGAUAUGUUCCGGUCAAAGCAAUAUGGUCUUCACACUUGACAUGGCCAAUGAUGCACAAGCUGAAAUGCAGGAAGCAAAAAACUACUCGCAUAUCAGGGUUUUUACAGCCUCUCAAGAAACAUCUGAUACACCACUCACAGAUCUGAAAGGAGUUGCAGAGCCAUGGUCAAUUCCGAGCCAAGAUACAGUAGGACAUAAACCAUGGACGUAUUUCUCUGCCGUUUGUUGGUUGUAUGGCAAGCUUCUUUACCAGAACAGGGGAUAUCCUAUUGGUCUUAUUACGUCAGCAUGGGGUGGUACAGCUAUUGAAUCGUGGUCAUCGGCUAAUGCCUUAGCUAAGUGCGGUAUAAAGGAAGGAAAACCAGACAACCUUACUCUAACACAUUCAUCUCUUUGGAAUGCAAUGAUGGCGCCUUUUACAAGAUUGACCAUAUAUGGUGUUGUUUGGUAUCAAGGAGAGGCUAACGCUGGCAGUCCAGAUACAUAUAACUGUACUUUUCCUGAAAUGAUUGCAGAUUGGAGGAAACAAUUUACCACGAAUUCUGAUGGUCAAACAAAUAGCCUAUUCCCUUUCGGAUUUGUUCAGCUCGCACCAAACAGAGAUCGAUCAAAAUACGACAUUUCAACUGGAUUCCCUGAUAUAAGAUGGCACCAAACAGCAGACAUGGGAUAUGUCCCGAACUAUUAUAUGAGUAAUGUUUUUAUGGCUGUUGCUAUGGAUCUACCAGAUUUUUCAUCCCCGUAUGGAAGUAUACAUCCACGAUAUAAACAGGACGUUGCAAGUCGUCUGCUGACUUCAGCUUUAGCUGUUGCGUACAAUAAGCAUACCAACAUAAGAUAUCAAGGACCACAGCCAGAUGGAUAUUCACUUCACGAAGGAGAUAAAACUAUACGCAUUGGAUACGAUAAUAGAAGUACACAUUUGGAUAUAAGAUCGAUGGAAGGGUUUGAGGUGUGCUGUUCAACAAACAACAGAUCCGUCUGCAAUAAGUUCGAUAACUCUUCUCAGUGGAUGCCAGCACCUAUAGUUGAGUAUGAUGCAUUCUCCGUUAGAGUUUGGUAUGCUGCAUGUGCUGACACCGAACACGUUGUAGGUCUACGUUAUGAAUGGAGGGAGUCUCCAUGUGAUCUAUUUAGAUGUGCUAUUUAUAGCAAAGAAAAUGGCUUGCCUGCCCCACCAAUGAUAACAGUCGGUAACUUUGGAAACAAUAAGUAUAACAGAAUAAGAGCAAGGAAACGAGUUACAUAUUAAACAAAACUAAAUAUAUUGUAUAUUUAAUAUAUUUUUAUUCUCUUGUUAAAUAUAAAUAUAAACGUUAAAAUGCA